UGCUGCGCAGAGUGUGUCGCGAUCGAGCUGUGCGCGCGGCUUAUGUGUGUAUAGAUAUACAGGCUCUCCGCUGCUGGCUUUAGUUGUUCUGCACGACAUCCAACGACGACGACGAGACUUGACUCAUUCGAAAUAUAAGAGGGCCAACAAUUGCUGCUCUGUGGUUUUUAUUUUAUUGUACAGAAAUUCGCACGCGAUAAUCAAUCAUCAUGCUACCACGUAUGUUCAAAUCCACCCUCACCAUCGCCCAGACCGGGGCCAAGCAAUUGUCCACCACAUCCCAGCAAAAUGCUAAAGUAGCUGUUAUGGGAGCCAGUGGCGGCAUUGGCCAGCCACUCUCUCUGCUCCUUAAAGAGUCUCCAUUAGUUACCGAAUUGUCUCUGUAUGAUAUUGUUAAUACUCCUGGAGUAGCAGCUGAUCUUUCACAUAUUAACACUGGAUCCAAAGUUAAGGGAUACGCUGGACCAGACCAACUUCAUGAGUCGUUGAAAGGAGUUCAGGUUGUUGUCAUUCCCGCUGGUGUACCAAGAAAGCCAGGCAUGACCCGUGAUGACUUGUUCAACACAAAUGCAUCCAUUGUUAGAGAUCUUGCCCAAGCUGUUGCUGAAGUUUCACCAAAAGCCUUCAUUGCAAUCAUCUCAAAUCCAGUCAAUAGCACAGUGCCAAUUGCCAGCGAAGUCUUACACAAAGCUGGAGUCUAUGACCCCAACAGGAUAUUUGGAGUGACAACUUUGGAUGUUGUCCGAGCAAAUGCUUUCGUUGGAGAGGCUAAGGGACUCGACCCACAAAAAGUCAAUAUUCCAGUUAUCGGAGGCCACAGCGGUAUCACCAUCAUCCCGUUGAUGUCCCAGGCGAGCCCAUCUGUGUCGUUCCCGCAAGAUCAAUUAAAAGCCCUCACAGAAAGAAUCCAAGAAGCCGGAACGGAAGUAGUUAAAGCCAAAGCCGGUACCGGAUCAGCCACUCUGUCUAUGGCCUACGCCGGAGCCCGCUUUGCAUUCUCCCUAAUUAAGGCCCUCAACGGAGAGUCGAACGUCGUCGAGUGCUCGUACGUUAGGUCCAAUGUCACCGAAGCCAAAUACUUCUCUACUCCAAUUCUGCUGGGCAAAAACGGCGUAGAAAAGAAUUUGGGUCUUGGAAAAUUGAGCGAAUUCGAAUCGAAACUUUUGGAAGCCGCUAUUCCAGAAUUGAAGAAGAACAUCCAGAAGGGAGAGGACUUCGUUAACAAGAAGUAGACGAUGAUUUCGUGAAAUAUUACGAAGUUAUGAAUUGCAUUAAUUAUUAAAGAUGUUAAUUGAUGAAGUUGAAAUUUGAAAUAAUGUAAUUGAAGAAUUUAAAGAAAAAAUUUCUAGAAUAUUUUCAAAACAAAUUUCAAACGCAUCGUAGGAAAUCAUGAACGAUGAGAAAAAUAUAAAUAAUCACAUAGUG